AUGGUAAUGAACGGAGCUGUUGGAGUCGUUGACGAUGAAGUUUCCAGUGGUUUGAGUGAUGGAGGUGCUGCUAUGAAAAAUAAGCAGAACACUCAACAGUCCCCAACUGAAAGUGCUUCACUCACUUCAAAGCUGCAAACCCCGACUCAAACCAAGUCCGCAGAACCAUCCCUUCCACCUGAAAGUAGGCGAUCAUCACCAAGGAACAAGAAGUUUGCGAUAAAGCUGCAAACCCCGACUCACACCAAGUCCGCAGAACCAACCCUUCCACCUGAAAGUAGGCGAUCAUCACCAAGGAACAAGAAGUUAGAACCAAGUGCUGCUGUUUCUUCUCUAACUAAAUGUGCAACAACUCCUAAGCGUCGUCGACAACCUGAAAGUGCUAAAAUUUCAUCACCAACUACAAAGAGACAGGCUACUAGGAAGAAGAAUGUGCAAUCUGAAAGUGCUCAACAUUCACAGACCACAACUACAAAGUCCCAAUCAAAAAGCUCUGAAGGAGAUACUGAAAAAUCUGGAGUGGGGCGAAAGAAUGUAAAGCGAAAACUUGACACAAGCAGCACAGACCCAUGUCUGAAUGUUCAACUUAGGGAUCCACACGACACUCUCGCAUAUUUUCAAGAUGAAGAAGAAGAGGAAGAGGAGGAGGAAUCUGUGGAAGAGGAUAACUCUGAUCAUGUGGAGCCUGAUGUGGAAGAAGAGAAUGAUAACGGUAAUGGUGAUGAGCCUGAAUUGGAAGAAGAAAAUGAUAAUUCUGCUGAUCCGAAAAGAACAAUUUCCUUCAACGCUAAUGAACAACCGAUUGGUGAUCCAUCUGUGCAACUUGCCAGUGUGCUAGGGGUGCUUGUUCGGAAACUUCCAUUAACGUACAAGGAUUGGAGACUUGUCCCUUAUGAAGCCAAAGAAAACAUAUGGAAGAUAGUCUCGGUUCGCAAUUGA